CUUGCCGGUUGUAAGUUUUAUGCCGGUUCGUCACUAUUCAUGUGCAUCAUGCUGAAACUCUCGCCAUAACGAUGUAAUACUUCUUGUCGGUAUAUGUAUCAUAACUUCCUCCCCGCAGAUUUAUGACUAUAUAAUGGAUGCAGUCAACAGUCUUUCCAAUUUUACAAACCAGUCGCACGCGGGGUAUUACGAAUGGAGCGGCGGCGCAACGCUCCAAGUUCUCUUUACCAUCGCCACAUUCCUGACCAACGGUUUUGUCCUGGCGAUCUUCGCCAGCCGACCACGCCUCAUUACCCCCUUCUCCAUCUACCUGAUUAACCUGCUAAUCGCCAAUGUUGUCGACACAUUAGCCAAUCCGUUGCGCAUCGUGGAACUGCUACGGACCGACUGGUUCGCCUGGAGCCGGUGGUGUCUGGUGAUGCUGUAUAGUGAUUGGAUACCCAAUGCUAUUGUACAGCAGUCCCAUCUGCUCAUCACCGUCAACCGGAUCUGGGCCAUCGCUCGCCCGAUUUCCUACCGGAAUUCCCAUACGAAGCCGGUAGCGAUGGCGAUAUGCGCCGGCACGUGGCUAUAUGUGCACAUUAUCAUCCUGCCGUUUUAUGUGCGGGAUUUACUGUAUUAUGGGAAUUUUGAUUCGGAUCGCUGGUGUAUCGUUAAUGUCAGCGCGCAGAAGGGUUACGCUAUGAUGCUACAGCUUGUCAUUUAUCUUAUUCCGUACAUCUUAAUACUCCUUGCCUAUCCCUUUCUAUGGUACCGGCGCCGAAUGCAGAUGCGGGCAAUGCCACGUAGUAAAGAGUGGAUACCGUUGUCGGGGACGGAAGACAAUUCUUUGAACACGACUCCAACGAAAAAUACACCGCAAGAGCAAUCCCGAAAACCCGUAGCUAAAAAGCGAAGCCGGGAGAACUCUACGGGCUUCACCGUCCUCACCGUACAGACGAUAUCUAUCCUGGUCUGCUGGACCAGCUCCAAGAUUUACGGCACCGCAUCGGCAUAUUUCCACUAUGAAUUAGGCUGGUUAGGCCAAGUAGGCAAUAUUAUGUACAUGAUUCAGAUGGUUAUUGAUCCUCUUUUAUUUGUCCUAGUUCUGCCUGAGUUGCGGGCAGCCGUUAUACAGGUGAUUAAGUGCCGAAAUAUGCGAUGAAUACUUUUGAGAUUUUGUAAUAAUGUUGUUCGUUAUAAAGCCUGCGUGAUACACAACAUACAAAUACGUUAUC